AUGGCUCGUCUUCUGCUUCAGAUGCUCUUCAUCAUCACCACCGGCUUUCGAAACCUGGAUGGUGCACUGCUUCCGGGUUUGACGUGUAACGUCACAGAGCAGACCGAUGGAUCGAUCAGGUACCAGAUCUUUGGUAAACCCAGCUCCACAGGGUACGAGUCCUCCUGGGAGAAAAAGAAUGGUAUUGUGAUCGUUGCCAUAACCUCGCAAUACAAUGAAAGUGUGGUAAAGUCCUUAAAGAACGAUUCAGUGGACCUCUAUGUUUGUGAAGACUUCCUGCGCUACAACAUGGAGAGGUUUGAGAAAGACGGAAUACAUUCAAAACUGACUGCUACCUGUAAAGUCAACUGCACUCAUCUGAUGACCAAAGAUUCCCCUCAAGUAGACGGUGAGUUUCUUGUCAGUGAUAUGUGGGAACUCCCACAAUGCCAAACUGUCCCUACAAGUGGAUCUGAUGUUUCUGGUAGCAAAAAUGAGCAAACCUGUAAAGUGAAAAUGUUCAUGCACAGUUUAUCUAUGGGUAUGUAG